AUGGGUUCAAGAGCUGGUAGUUAUGCACUACUGCCUGUGUACUUGUACUUACUGCAAUAUGCAAACCCGGGAAGUAUUUGUGUGUUGGAGCAUGAGGUGGAUACGACCGCUCAACUGCGUUUUAAGUACACCUUCGUCGCUUAUGGUGCAUCAAUUGCUGGCUAUCCUUACAUGCGGAAAGUUAUUGUAGUUGAUGGCACCAGUCUGAAAGGCCGUUUCGGUGGAUGCUUGAUUUCGGCAUGUGCUCAGGAUGACAACUUUCAAAUCUUCCCUCUCGCAUUUGUUGUGGUAGAUAGCGAGAAUCACAGUUCUUGGGAAUG